CGCGACGCUGUACUGAGGAGAAUCAGAUAAUGCCACUUUCCUUUCGUUUUCACUGUCCGUUUUGAAUUAAAACUAUGUUGUUAUUGUAAUACAAGUAUGUAUUUGAUAUCCUCAUGACUGUGAGUCGCAGUAAGAGAUGAAAAAAGCGAAGAAGCGACUGCCAGCGAGCGGGUCGCGAGCGUCUGUCGGGAGACAUGAAGAAAAUCUGCCAUGGAAGAAAAAGAAGCUUCUGGACAUCCAUCAGGCACUAAACAGUGACCCCGUGGACAUCGAGACUCUUCGGCAGGCGGCUGUGAGCGAAGGCGGUUUGCUGACAGAUGAUAUCAGGAGAAAAGUGUGGCCCAAACUUCUCAACAUCAAUGUGUACAGUCUGCCUGCCAAACCAUCUAAAGAUGUUCGAGAAGACCACAAAGACUACAGACAGGUGGUGCUCGAUGUCAGGAGAUCAAUGCGGCGCUUUCCGAAAGGCAUGCGUGUGGAUGAGCGAGAAGUUCUUCAGGAGCAGCUGAUCGACAUCAUUCUGGAUGUUCUGAGGAGAAAUCCUCAGCUGCAUUAUUAUCAGGGUUAUCAUGAUAUCGUGGUGACCUUCCUGCUGGUGCUGGGAGAGAGGAUGACCAUCGCCAUCAUGGAGAAACUGUCCAAUCAUCAUCUCAGGGAUUUCAUGGACCCCACCAUGGACAGCACAAAACACAUCCUGAACUACCUGAUGCCUCUUCUGGAGCGAGUGGACCGAGAGCUACACGACUUCAUGAUAAGGUCUGAGGUGGGCACGAUCUUCGCUCUCAGCUGGCUGAUCACAUGGUACGGCUACGUCCUGUCAGAUUUCCGGCAUGUUCUGCGGCUCUAUGAUUUCUUCCUGGCGUCUCACCCACUCAUGGCCAUCUACUUCGCCGCUGUGAUUGUGCUGUACAGACAGAAGGAGGUGAAGAGCAGUGAGUGUGAUAUGGCCAGUGUUCAUCACCUGCUGUCUCGCAUGCCUCAGGACCUGCCGUACGAGGAUCUGAUUGGUCGAGCUCAGAGUCUCUUCAGCAGCUGCCCGCCCUCUCAGAUGAGCCGGUCUGCAGCGCUGCAGUCACGCAACAUACUGGCCAUCAGCACCUUCACAGACUUCCAGACGUCCACACGGACACAGCGUCCCGACUCCGUCCUCCGACAGCAGAUUCAGAAUCGCCAGGAAAACCAGCUCGCCCUUCCCAUGAUGCCUCAGCCUACAGGCACAAACCAGCUGAUCAAGAUGGCUGUGUGGGGUCUGUCGGCCACGCUGGGGGCAGCGGCGCUGGCGGUGGCUCAGACCGCGCUGGACUGGGCUCCAGAGUUUCUCUCACAGCUCUUCUGAACCAAACAUCUCCCCAAUCAGUGCCAAACUGCAGUCACAAGUACACCAAUACACACAGAGAGAAGGAAAUCAGGCAUUAUUAUUUCUCUGAUUUAUUUCAAGAAAAGUCAGAACUGCAUGCUGUAAAUUCAGAAUUUUGUAAGAAAUCUAAAUUGCAUCAUGCAAACCUACCCUGAGACAGUGGCAAAACAUUAAACUCCAAGGAAAACGUUCAUAAUUUUAAUGAUUUGUAAGAUGUAAUUUUUUAUGUCAUGAAAAAAAUGUAAACAUUAUGACAAUACAUGAAACAGGCGCAUGUUUAUUCUGUUUUUCUUAUUUAUUCCAAGAAAAGUCAGAAUUUCAAUAGGUAAACUUAUAAAUUAUGUUGACAUUUCUCUUGGAAGAUUAAUUCUUUAUUCUUAGAGAAAUGUCAAGCCAAUGUCCAAAUUAUGUGAAGAAAAAUGUAAAGACGGAAGGAAUGCAUUAAACAAGGAUGCGUUUAUUUCCUUUUUUAAAUUUUUUAUUUAAUUAAUUUAAUUUUUUAUUUAUUAAGUAAAGCCUGAAGUGCAAGAUUUAAACUCGAUGUUUUGAGAAAAUUGUCAGAAGAAAUUACAAUUGCAACAGGAAGAUUUGAACUGGGAGAAGUGAUAAAAAAAUUAAACAAUUCAAAGAUUGAAUUCCUCUAAAAAAAAAAGCAAAAUUCUGAGAUUUAAACUCAAGACAAAUCUGAUUUGUAAGAUUUAAAUUAUGAAUUUUAAGAGAUGUCAAAUAUGAAAAAUGUAAAGACAAUCGAACACUGAGAGUGAAUAAAACAAAAGUGUAUUUGUUCUCCUUUUUCUUAUUCAUUUCCAGAAAAGUCAGAAUUGCAUGGUGUAAAUGCAGAAUGUUGUAAGAAAUCUAAAUCGCAACAUGCAAACUUACACUGAGACAGUGGCAAAACACUCAAUUCCAUGGAAAAAGUCAAUAAUUUUAAUCAUUUGUAAGAUGUAUUUUUUUAUUCUGAGAGAAAUGUCAGACAAAUGUUCAAAUUAUGUGACGAAAAAAAGUCAACAUCUCAUUUGUAAGAUGUAAAUUUUUAUUCUUAAGAGAAAUAUCAAGCAAAUGUCAAAAUAAUGUUACGGAAAUAAUGGAAAGAUGGAAGCACUGCAUUAAACAAGGGUGCAUUAAUUUUCUUUUUUUCCUUUUUAUUUAUUUAAUAAAAAAAAGAGUUGCAUAGUGGAAA